AGGCUGUCUCUUUCACCAGACCCUGCGGCGGUGCAAUCAACCCCCGUUUACUCAGAUCUCGAAAUCUCAUCAGAGUUUUUCAGCCAUGGACACUGCUGCGGCGCAAUCAAUUCUGGUGCCGAAAUCAACCAAAGUCUACAUCGUUUGCUCUUACUCACAUGAAGCGGCGAUGUCGUACGCCGUAAUAAUCGCCGAUCUGCAACCGGAAGCCGGCGGCGAUGUUAGUGAUGAGUCAGUCAUCUCCAUUCGCCCCACGUUUCUCAUUGAUACAGACUCUUUCGACGACGGCAUCCACACUUUCUGCGUUCUCAAUACGACUCUGUACAUGAUCGAGCUGGGCCUCCGUAGAGACGGCGGCCCCCGGCGAGGAAAAUCGGUAUAUACCUGGGAUCUGUCACCGUACCUGAAAGACGACAACAGCGGCGGUGGAGACUACGUCCCGAUUUUUGACAAAGACGAGCUGCUGGCCGCGCCGGAAAUGCUGCACCCCAUAUUCUUUCCUUUCGCGACCCCCACGCCGGACGGCAAGAGGAUUGUGGUAUUUUCAUCUAGGAUGCCCUUUUUCACUGAGUAUCCUAAUGAACAAAUCGACUUCGAGGUGUACGAUCCCAAAAAAGGAUGGCAAAAGCUACCUCGUUACGGGAUAGCCUGCUUGGGACUCGGCGUGACAUUGAAAUAC